ACUAUUCUUCACUCUUUACUGUUUACUCUUUCUUUACUAUAGGCUCGUGCACGUGACUUUUGCUCCCAUCCAAUCACAACCAAAAAAAAAAUGAGACCUGCCAAACGUAAAAAAAAAAUAAUCUCAAUAUCUACCGACACAGUUAAGUAUUGAUAGUUGAAAUCUUAACACACAUACCAAAGAGUUAAUAAUGCCUGUGCCAUUUGAAGGGUUAUUACCCUACGCCAUUAUGACUGCUUUCUUCGGAUUAGCUGGUCAUGGUGUUGGGUUCAUUAGAUACUGGGAUAAUGGAUGGAAGAAUGAUAGAUAUGACUUGGAUGAAUGGGAUGAAAGAAUGAUGAAGAGAGAUUUCUUAUUAACUGGUGUACCUCGAGGACAGACAAGUGAUCCUAUAGCUCCAGAUCAUUUCAAGACAGCCACACCUGUUUUACAAAGAUAUUAUACUCCAUACAGAGAUCAAUUCUUCACAUUUAGAGAAAGAUUGUAUAGAGGUUAUGUUACUGGUAAUUGGGACUUUUCAUAAACAUAAGGAAUUAAUUAUCACUAUCAUAUAUUCAUAUUCUAAUUAGAUUCUCGUGGUCAAAGAAUCACUUCAUUUUAUGACUAUAUGUCAUGUCAUGUCUUGCAUAUUUAUAUUUUAUAUCAUUAACAUUUCCAUUUUUUUAUAU